AGGGAGGGGCCGGGACGCCGGCGCGUCGCUGCCGACGGUCUCCAGGAGGGAGUGAGGAGGAGGAGGAAGAGGAGGAGGAGGAAGAGGUGGGUGAGCUCCUCUGGCCUGGUGUGCAGCUGGUGGGAAGAGAGGAGCUGGUGGCCUUCCUCUUUUCCAUCUGUACCUGUGAAAGAACUUCACUGAGCACAGUGCCUGGCAGGCAAAGCAGCUCUAUUUAGGUUGAAGAAUGCUACUGCAGUCAGGAAAAUUGCACUUUGAAAUCUGUCCAUUGGACUGGAGCAGAUAGGAUGGAUUGGAAGAAGUACUGCUCACCACUGAGAUCUGUAGCCAAGAUUCCCAAGCUGCUUUGGUGUGAAGACCUGUGAAGCAGCACCACCUGGUAUUUUACUGCUCCCAGUUUUGAAUGCAGAUUUCAGAUAAUCCUGAAGUACUUGGAAAAUGAGUGUCCUUCUCAUUGAACCCUUUUAUGGUGGCUCCCACAAGCAGCUGAUGGAUCUUCUCCAGGAAGAGCUACAAGAAGAUUGUGUCCUCUGCACACUCCCAGCCAAGAAGUGGCAUUGGAAGGCACGGACUUCUGCACUUUAUUUCAUGCAAACAGUGCCAACAAGUUCUAAUUACAGGAUCCUCUUUGCAAGCUCGGUGCUUAACCUGGCUGAACUCACCGCCCUCCGCCCUGACCUUGGCAAAUUGAAAAAGGUCCUCUACUUCCAUGAGAACCAAUUGGCAUAUCCUGUCCAGAAAUGCCAGGAAAGGGAUUUUCAGUAUGGAUACAACCAGAUUCUUUCAUGUUUGGUUGCUGAUGUUGUGGUGUUCAACUCUGCUUUUAAUAUGGAAUCCUUUCUUAAAUCCAUUGGAAAAUUUAUGAAGCUGAUUCCUGACCACAGACCGAAGGAUUUGGAAAAAAUAAUCAGACCGAAGUGCCAAGUUCUUUAUUUUCCAGUCAGGUUUCCUGAUGUGAGCAGGUUCAUGCCAGAGCAUAAACUUGCCCGUUUGGAAAAGGUAAUUGGUGUUAAAAGGAAUGGAGAUUCUUAUCAGUUGGAGAGGCUGCCUGGCCAGCAGGAGAGCAGAGCUGUAAUGAAAACCAGUGAUGCACAUCUUGAGUCUGGACUUUGUGAGCCCCAGCCUGGACUCUGCACCACACAGCACGAGGGGCUGCCCUCCCCACCAGCAGCCCCAGUCCAGGCUGAAGCACCAGAAAGUACAAAUCCUUGUCAAGGGGAAGAUAAGCAAUGUCUGACUUUUAACCUUUCUAAUAUCUUGAGUGGACUGGACUAUCAGCAAAGACCUCUGCACAUUGCCUGGCCUCACAGGUGGGAACAUGACAAAGAUCCUGAAACUUUCUUUAAAGUCCUGAUGAAGCUGAAAGAGCAGGAUCUGCCUUUCCACGUGUCUGUCCUUGGAGAGACUUUCAGUGAAAUUCCAGAUAUCUUUUCAGAGGCCAGGGAAGUGUUGGGAUCGUCCGUCUUGCACUGGGGGUACUUGCCCAGCAAGGAUGACUAUUUCCGAGCUCUGUGCACGGCUGAUGUUGUCAUCUCCACAGCCAAACACGAAUUCUUUGGCGUGGCAAUGAUCGAGGCUGUGCAUUGUGGCUGUUACCCGCUGUGUCCCAAAGCCUUGGUGUACCCAGAGAUAUUCCCAGCUGAAUAUCUGUAUUCUACACCUGAACAGCUUUUAAAAAGGCUUCAGAAUUUCUGCAAGAGACCAGAUAUUGUAAGGAAACAUCUCUAUAAGGGUGGAAGGAGCAGAAUUCCCAGCGAAUGUUCGUUGUGGGGACAGUGAGCUGUGAGACAAGAGGGCUCUUCCUCCCACAGGGUGUCCCGGGCAUCCAGCACACAAAUGACCCCACCCUGGGCAAAGUGGGGGACCCCAGGCAUGGUCCCCCAGGGACACAGCCUGCCCCUGCUCAUAGGAUGCUCAGGAAACAGCUUGCUUCGAGCAAAUGCUGCCCAAUCCCCAGUGUGGGUGUCCAACACGAGAUCUCCAAGCAUCUCACCAAGAGGAUGCUCUGACAGGGCUUUCCCAACAUAAAUGGUUCCAUGUGAUUCUCCAUCUUCCCUUUCCUACCCUCCCACCUCCAGUGCAGGACCCCCAACGAGUUAAAAGUGUAAGAGCUGCUCGGAAAGAGGACAGCUAAUAAAUGAUAUCGAAAUCCCAGUCCCAGAUUUUCUGUUUCCAACAUGCUGCGCAACUAACACUGUGACACUUUGGCAAGAUGAUGGAGAAAAAUCCCGUGCCAGCUGACUGAUGAGCACCCAUCUUUUUUAAUUAAUUGGGUUGAAAAAUGUCUUGUGUCAGUUUGAAUGUAGGGGCUCUUUCAGCUGCGUUUUUCUGGAUACUUUUAUAGAUAUAUCUAACUGCAGAUUUGAGAGCCCAGCAUGAGGCCUCAUAAAUGAUAAAAAUAUGUAUAUAUUAGAAUUAUACACACACAGACACACAUGCACAUAUUGGAUAAAUUGAUACUUAAACAUAUAUGUGUGUAUAUAAUGUUCUGUUCUCUGUUCUGAGGGAUAUUUAUAAAUAGAUUUUAUAUAUAUCUAUCGCUAUUAUUCACAGCUCUAUGUGCAUGUAAAAUCUGUUUGGCUUUUUUUUCCUUGAUAUGCUUUUUAAUUUUUAGCAGAGUAAUAUAUCUGAUUUCUCUUUAAAUUAAAUGAAUUUAUUUGUCUCCCUUCCCUUAAUGGAAUCAGUUUUGAUAUACUCUUUGUUCAUGCUGUUACAGGCUUCAGUCUAAGGGCUCUUUGUAUUAACUUUUUAAAGUUACAUUACAAAGAGGUUUUAAGAUUUCCCAACAGGCUUUUAUUUAACCAGGGCUUUUGAUCUCAAACCUGCUGGGGCCUAGUGAAAUCCUUACCAAUUCUCCAGUAACUCCUCACUAUUGGAAUUUGAAAAGACCCACCUGAAGGAUUUAACUCGCUGUAUGGCUUCAGCCAUCCUUUAGAUGCUUCUAUUCAUGCAGACAGCGAGGGGGUCGAGGGCACCCUUUGUGAUCCUCCAAGUAGCCUAAGGUGCCCUUUGCAUAAGUUGUACUCCUGAGGAAAUAAAAAUCAGGAGGACACAAACCUAUAUACCUUACUUCCUGCUAUCUUUACUUAAAGGAGGAGCACAGGGGGUCUGCUUAACAUCCUUUGCUACCUAAAUACCUUUUGGACAUGGGAACUCAAUAAAGGAACUUUCAUUGCAUCCAUUACCCUACUGCGGUGCAUAGCAAAUUAGAUUUAAAAGGGUACUUUUUCCCUUACAGCUAUUUCUAUCAUUUUCUUUAAAAUUUCAAUUUAGUGUCUAGUGACAGAAUAUUCUGUAAUGUACAUUAGAACUAUAUAACACCAAUUAUGCUAACUGUGAACAUUAUUUCAAAAGAAUUAGUUAUAUUAAGUUAUAGAUAAACCGUUGGGAAAAAAAGGUCAGGUUAGGGGGAAAAAAAAAAAAAAAAGGAGCUAUGUGAUAAUGUUUUAAAGGAGCAACAUGAAGUGAAUGCUCUUUUCAUUUUUUAAUCCUUUCAUUUUGCAUAACCCACACUGAAAUUUUGCUACUGGCUUGGUCUUGGUUGUUUAGGCAGGGGGGUGGCGUGUCACUGUGUUAGUUUACAGCUACAAAUCGUGGUGUAAAACCUACAGCUGGGUCUUGUGGUUGUGGAGAAACAUCAUUUCCUCCGUUUGGGGGGAAAUGGAAUUGCAGAAAUCCAUGAAAAGCCUUUUGGCAGACACUGAUGACCAGUACACAGGAAAAAAAAAUAGAAAAAAGGAAAAAAUGCUGGCAGACCAAGCUUGAAAGAAUAUAAUAACUAAGCACAUUCUUGUCACAGUUUUGGUUGUCUGUUUUCUUUCUCAUGACUGUACCACACAUGAUAUGUCUGUUACCUGCAUUUUGGGUUAGCUUUCUCAGAUUAAUUCCUUUUCUAUUUCAGCCCCAUGUUAAAAUAAAACCACUCUACAGAGUGCAAGAGAAUCCAAAUGUACCUUCUGUUUUCAUGACUCUUAUUUUCAUUUGUCUAUUUCCUAUUGGUUUGUGGGUUGGAAGAGUUUUGAGUUUCAAGACGUUAUAUAUUUGUGCUCCUUCUUUGUGUGCAGUUGAUCUGGAUGUGCAUUGCAUUGGAGAUGUUUCUGUGGAGAUGAAUAAAAUAAAAAUUCUCCAUUUUGA